AUGCCUUACCGUCCGGAAGCCGAGCUGAAACGCCCCGACCUCAAGGGAGAGUUCCUCUGCGGACACUGCGGAAAGACGUUCUGUCACGCCGCCUCGCUGAACCGCCACCGUCUCAACUUCCACGGAGACGACCAGCAGUGCAUGGUGUGCAUGCAGCAGAUCUCGCAGAACGACACGGUCCGUCGCCACAUGCAAACCGAGCAUGGCAUCCCGAGAGUGUUCACCUGCGGAUGCUGCAACUGGACGUUUCCCGAUAAGAAGGAGCUGCACUCGCACAACAACUCGAUGAUGAAGACGGGCGGACCCGGAGAGGCGAAGGCGAUCGCGAUCAGCAGCCGACCACCUGGUAAGCAAGAGGGACCGGGGCGGCGGGUCUUUGAGAGGGGAUACUCUGGGAAGAAUGGUCUGUAAUUGCUCUCUCGUUGACACGCACAUAGCCAUAAGGCUCUGCUUUUGGGAAAUAUCUGUCAUGUCAUUUGAACUAGGUGUGAUGAGUAGAUUGGAAAGAUGGGCAAGCAAGUGCGCUUCACUGAUAAUCAUAUUGAUAGUGCAAGCGCGCAUGGUCAGAGGGAAAAGCUUGCGAAGAAUGUUAUCAGUUGGCAGACCGUCAUUGUGGAGCCCUUUUUGACACUGAUAAUAACCAUUCAACUCUUCAGGUUCUCUCUCUCAACAUGAGCUUCGUGGCGAGGAACGCUCUCCGCGCAUCAAGAAGCGCUCUCCGAAGGCCGCUGUCCCGACCGCCGAGCCGGAUAAGAUGUUGAGCAUGCUCUCCUCCCUGCUCAACCAGCAAUCCUCCGUCGAGGGAGCCUCUGCUGCUCCUCCGGCUUCAGCUCCAUCCAACAUCCCCGCCUCUUGGAUUCAGGCCCUGUUGAAUGCCAAUCCGGCGUUCCUGCAGUUCCUCCAGAUGCCAUCGUCGUCCGCCUCCUCGACGACGUCCUCUUCUGAGACCGAGACCGCCGAGACCCCGGAGCCAGUGCAGUCGCCGUUGGAGAGUGUGCUCUCGAUGAUUUCGAACAACAACGAGGGAGAGACUUCGACGGAAGACGUGACGAGCGGAGCCGAGGAGGAGAACGUGGAUGUGGUUGAUGAGGACGAGAAGGUAAGAGCAUCAGAAGGGGUUCAGCAAUAAACCGUCUUCUUUCAGGACCAGCUAGUGAAGGCCGUCGGAACUGGCUUCCUCUCCGUUUCCACGGAGCAGCCCGUCUGCAACUCUGCCUCCGAGUCGGGAAGCUGCUCGGUGCCAGCGAGCAACACGCCGAGCCCGGUCUCCUCUUCUUCGAUGACCUCGUCCGGAGUCUCGGCCAGCUCGCCCACCGACUCCCUCGUCGAGAUCGUCAAGAAGACCAAGAAGGCCAAUAAGCGACGAUCGAUUGACGACAUCUGCGUCAGUCUGGUCGCCAAGAAAGUUUGCCAUUAAUCCGGAUCGCUGCGAUCCUUUUCAUUCAUUGAUUAUUACAGUAG